AUGACGCUUCCUCAUUAUCAUCAUGACCAGAUUGCCGACCAGGGAUUCACAGUGAUUCGCAACUUUCUCACAGAAGGUGAGGUGAAGACCUACAGAGAUGCUGCUCAGAAUGUGGUUGAUUAUGCCAGAGAGGGAAAGUGGCCUCAUGUCAGAACAAGGGGGAAGCAAUUUCCACCAUGGCCUAAGAACUUCAGUCCUGACAUCUGGGGUGUUAGUGGACUCUUGCAUCCUGGGUUGGGUACCAAGUCGUUGGCUUUUCAAGAAUUGUACUCGUCUCAGAAGUUGUUGGAUGUGGCUGGAGAUAUCUUGCAGACUCCAAACGAGGGCUUAUCUAUGGAGCUUUUCAACAUGUUAAUUAAUCCUCUUACGGAUUUCGACUUGGACUGGCACCGUGACUACAUCCGUCCCGAAGCCACGCCUAGUGAAGAGGCUGAACAGCUUCUCCAAGAUCCAUAUGCUGGAACUCAAUUCAACUUGGCCCUAACAGACGAUAAAUGUUUGAUUGUGGUUCCUGGGUCUCACAAGCGAGUGCGUACUGAAGAAGAGCGGGAAAAGACCACCAACGAGUCCCGUAAAGAACAUAUUCCUGGUGAAUUGUAUGUGGAGUUGAAACCAGGUGAUAUAGUUUUCUACAACAGCAACAUUUUACAUCGUGCCACGUACUCCGCAAAAAAUCUCCGUUUGACCCUUCACGGUUCUUAUGGUCAUGUGGAUCAUGGCAAGGCUAGGGCUAAGGGCGUACUUCAACAUGGAGUUGCCGAAUGGUUACCUGAAUUUGAGCCUGUGAAUGGUAACAUGGAGAUGUUGAAGAGCAAAUUGGUUGCUUUGGCCAAACAGUUUGAAGGUGUGCAGUUGGGAUAUUCUUUAUCGGGUUGA